CCGAAUUGCCGCGGGCCUUGCGCGCGGGCCUUCUGAGCCCGCUGGGUUCGGACCCCCGGUGAGACUGUGGGGAGCGUGUCGAAGACCUUGCAGCUGGUGUCCCGGCAACGCGCGGGGUGGCGGGGCCAGGUGCGCCCCUCCCCCAGCCGACCGGAAGCGGGCGGCCGCGGGGCAUUGUGGGCACUGUGGUCCCCCCGCCCUUACCGCGGAGGCAGCGAGCGUGCAGAAGCACCGCCUCAGGCUUCAGAAGCUGUGGGAGUCCAGGAAGUAGAAAUGAAGAAGCCGGUGUGCUCUGGAGUCUGAGAUUUCUGCCCCGGGAUUCAGGAUUCAGGGGUGGCACCAGGUGCAACGUCCCGUCCAUUUCCUGGCGGCAUGGCGCUCUCUGGCCCAGAGGUGGAAAAGCAGAUGCCAGCAGAGCCCCAGCCUGGCCGUGAGCAGCAGUCCUGGUGGUGCCUGGUGUUCUUCCUCUGCUUCUACGGCUUCAUGGCCCAGAUGCGGCCUGGGGAGAGCUUCAUCACGCCUUACCUCCUGGGCCCCGACAAGAACUUCACGCGGACGCAGGUCACCAACGAGAUCACGCCGGUGCUGUCCUACUCGUACCUGGCCGUGCUGGUGCCCAUCUUCCUGCUGACCGACUACCUCUGCUACAAGCCGGUGCUGCUGCUGCAGGGCCUGAGCUACGUGUCUGUGUGGCUCCUGCUGCUGUUUGGCUCGACCGUGUUGCACAUGCAGUUCAUGGAGUUCUUCUUCAGCAUCACCAUGGCUGCCCGCAUCGCCUACUCCUCCUACAUCUUCUCGCUCGUGCCCCCUGCCCACUACCAGCGCAUGGCCAGCUACUCACGGGCCUCGGUGCUGAUGGGCGUCUUCACCAGCUCAGUGCUGGGCCAGCUGCUGGUCACCAUCGGCAGGGUCCCCUUCUCCACGCUCAACUACAUCUCGCUGGCCUUCCUCACCUUCAGCCUGGUGCUGGCGCUCUUCCUGAAGCGCCCCAAGCGCAGCCUCUUCUUCAACCGCGGAGCGCCCGUGCGUGCCGAGGCCGCGCCCUCCGAGCUGCACCAGAUGAACCCUGGCCCGGCGCAGGCCGUGGGCGCGAGGCCGGGCUGGCCGCCGGCCGCCUGGCGGGACUCGACGUUCGUGCGCAUGCUCAGAGAGCUGGGCCGCGCGGUGCAGCUGCCGCAGCUGCGUCUCUGGUCUCUCUGGUGGGUCUUUAACUCCGCCGGCUACUACCUGAUCGUCUACUACGUGCACAUCCUGUGGAACGUGGUCAACCCCACCACGGACACCACCAGGGUCUACAACGGCGGGGCGGACGCCGCCUCCACGCUGCUAGGUGCCCUCACCUCCUUCGCUGCGGGCUUCGUGAAGAUCCGCUGGGCGCUGUGGGCCAGGCUGGUCAUCGCGGUGGUGACGGUGCUGCAGGCAGGGCUGGUGUUCCUCAUGUAUAAGACCAACGACAUUUGGUUGUGCUACGCGGCCUUCGUGCUCUUCCGCGGCUCCUACCAGUUCCUGGUGCCCAUCGCCACGUGGCCUGUCAUUGUCCCCAGCUGUUUGGCUCCAGUUCCCCUCUGCGCUCCGUCUCUCCUGGGGCACCUCCGUCCUGACGUGGACCGUCCACUCCGGUCACACCCAUGCCAGUGCUGCCCAGGCGCCCAGACCACACCCCAGCCCUGCUGGCACGGUUUAUGCUCUGCCGCCCUCCUGCCCCUGUGGCCAUGGCUGCCUUCCCCAACUGCCUGUGGACGUGGCCCCAGGCCAGGCCUCCCACACAAGCGGGACACUGCCUCCUCCCAUCCUGACCUGCUCUCAACCUUUUUCAGAUCGCGGCUUCUCUUUCUCAAGAGCUCCGUGCCCUGGUCUUCGGCAUCAACACGUUCCUCGCCACCGUUCUCAAGACCAUCAUCACCCUCAUCGUCUCCGACAAGCGGGGCCUGGGCCUCCCGGUCUGUUCCCAGUUCCUCGUCUACUUCGUGUACUUCCUGGUGCUCUUCGCCGCCUACUUCCUUGCUGCCGUGCUGGUGGGCCUGCGCCACUUCCAACAGAGCCGCCACCAGCCCAUGCCGCCGGCCCAAGAGCUGGUGAGUCCCAUGCAAGAGAAGGCCACGCAGGACGGAGCCCCGCGCCCAGCCCCGGAGGAUGGUGUGUUUGCCGUGGGGGACCUGAGCCCACAGUCUGAGGCCAAGGCCUGACCUCAGCUGACUGGCUGUCCCGCCCGGUGGGCAGUCAGAUUCCUGACACCGCAGGCAGCAAGCCAGGCCUCGACCUCAGAGCUCCCUGUCUUCGCUGUGUCAGCAGCCAGGUCUCCGGCAUCACGUCCACAUCGUCACCUUCUGGUAGCUGUGACUGAGGCCCUGGUGGUCUGUCCUUGGGACCCAUGGUCCGAGGGCCAGUGGCCUCCACGAGGGGUCCUUGACUUGCAUUAUGGCACCCAGAGCAUGGCACCCCUCAGCCCUGCUUCAUGCCCUGGCUGUGACCCCCAGCCUGCAGGGCACCCUGGCAACUGGGAGCUGGUAUGCUGUCCCUGCCUACACGGGGCCAGUGGUGGGGUCCAGGUGCCCACCAGGCCUCCCUGCUUUCUCCUCCUUGGGAAGCAGGUCCCACUUGUCCCAGGGAAAGUGGUCCUACCCUGACCCUGACCAGCAAAGUGGUCCCAAAUGGCAGUCUAGGGACCCGGCCCCUGCGGGAUAUUCUGGGCCCUGGGGGUCAUGUUCCUUGGCCCAUGGCUAAACUGGGACAUUUGCAGCUGUCCAGGUGAUUUCAUUUUCACCGAUGCUCUGUACCUUUUUUAAAAGACGGACAUAAGUGCAAA